AUGGCCAACAGUGCUGCUUCAGAACAGAAUCAGAAUCACUGCUUAGCCAUCAACAACAGCAUCCUGGUGAUGCAGGCCAACCUCCCCACCCUGACCUUAUCUGGAAAGAUUCGAGUGACCAUUACUUUCUUCCUUUUCCUCCUCUCCACAACCUUUAAUGCUUCUUUUUUGCUGAAACUCCAGAAGUGGACUCAGAAGAAAGAGAAAGGGAAAACAGUCUCUAGAAUGAAGGUGCUUCUGAAACAUCUGACCUUGGCCAACCUGUUGGAGACGCUGAUUGUCAUGCCAUUGGACGGAAUGUGGAAUAUCACAGUGCAGUGGUAUGCAGGAGAGUUCCUCUGCAAAGUCCUCAGCUACCUGAAGCUGUUCUCCAUGUAUGCCCCAGCCUUCAUGAUGGUGGUGAUCAGCCUGGACCGCUCCCUGGCCAUCACGAGGCCCCUUGCCGUGAAAAGCAGCCACAAACUGAAGCAGUCCAUGAUUGGUCUUGCCUGGCUCCUCAGUAGUCUCUUCGCCGGACCACAGCUAUACAUCUUCAGGAUGCUCCACCUAGCAGAUGGCACUGGGCAGACGGAAAUUUUCUCUCAAUGUGUAACCCACUGCAGUUUUCCACAAUGGUGGCAUCAAGCCUUUUACAACUUGUUUACGUUCAGCUGCCUUUUCCUCAUUCCUCUUCUCAUCAUGCUGAUCUGCAAUGCAAAAAUCAUCUUCACCCUGACACGUGUCCUUCAUCAAGAUCCCCACAAACUACAGUUGAAUCAAUCCAAGAACAAUGUACCAAGAGCUCGACUGAGGACCCUCAAGAUGACAGUUGCUUUUGCCACUUCGUUUAUUGUCUGCUGGACUCCCUACUAUGUCCUGGGAAUCUGGUAUUGGUUUGAUCCUGAAAUGUUAAACCAGGUGUCUGAGCCAGUUAAUCACUUUUUCUUUCUCUUUGCCUUUUUGAACCCAUGCUUUGACCCCCUUAUAUAUGGAUAUUUCUCUCUGUAA